GUAAUGAGCUCUCUAUCUCUAACCCUGCACCUCUCAUUCUCUCUCUAUAUAACUCUCUAUAUAAAUCUCCCUCCAUUUCUAUAACGCAUUUUCUCUAUUCUCUCCAUUUUUCUCACACACAAUCGGAAAAAAUGGCUACCGAAGGUCCCAAGCCCUGCGUUUACCUUCAAGACAUGGAAGAAGUGAAAAAAGUAUUCGCACGCUUCGACGCGAAUGGCGACGGCAUGAUCUCCGGCGACGAACUUUCCGGCGUACUCAAAGCCCUAGGAUCCGACACUUCGCCGGAAGAAGUUGCACGUAUGAUGGCCGAAAUUGAUACCGACAAGGACGGUUGCAUUAACCUAGAUGAAUUUGCAGAUUUUUGCAAAAACGACGAAUCCGUCGACGGCGGCGCUAAGGAACUGAAGGAGGCGUUUGAUCUUUACGAUCAGGAUCAUAACGGAAGGAUUUCUGCUACGGAACUUCAUCAGAUCCUGAACCGUUUGGGCCAGAAUUGUACCCUUCAGGAUUGUACCAGAAUGAUCACGUCCGUUGAUGCAAACGGUGACGGUUACGUUUGCUUUGAAGAGUUUAAGAAGAUGAUGGGUAAUAAAUAAACCAUUUUAUUGUAAGUUUUUCAGUUAUUUGAGUGGCUGAUAACGGUGGGGUACGCCGGAUAUUUGUGCGUCCUCCGUAUAACUUUGUGGUCUAAUAAAUAGCAAGACCUUGUCUUAAUUUAUGUGAUAAUUUUUAUUUUUGUGUGUUAAUUAAUGAAGAAAUUUUGAAGGUAAA